UGCUAAGCAAAGACACUUCUGUCUCUCAGACAUAGCCACUUCUUUCUCCUCAUUUCUCUCUAUUAAAUUGAGCUAUAUGUCUUCUCUCGUAAGGAGUUCUUAGAACAAACCUUUCUUAUUUCCCAAGCAAUCUACAAAACUGGUAGAGAAGCUGGGGGAUUUCUCCAACCUUCAAAUGUCGGCAACAACAUUAAUACCAGAUGCUGAUGUUUUCCCUAGCGUUUCCAUGCCCGUCACCGUAAUUUUGACUGGCGUGCUUCUCUUUGUAAUUUUCGCCGGUUUCUUCUCUCUUUUCUUCUGGCAGUUUCUCCUGAUUCGUUUAUUUUCAACUUGGAACCUUCAUCGAACACCUUACGCUGACUUAAUCCAUGUGGCCACUCCGCCUGAAAAGACCGGCCUAGACCCAUUUAUCGUCCGAUCAUUUCCCGAGUUCCGAUAUUCAUCUGCAACAAUGAAAAAUCACGGGACAGAAUGCGCUAUCUGCUUGUCAGAGUUUUCAGAUGACGAUACAGUUAGGCUCAUAACGGUUUGUCGUCAUCCCUUUCAUUCAAACUGCAUUGAUCUUUGGUUUGAGUUACACAAGACUUGUCCUGUUUGCCGCUGUGAGCUAGACCCUGGCCUUGUUGGAUCUGGAAGCCAUGAAUCUUUGCACAACACAAUCACAAUUACUAUUGAGGAUAUAAACCAUGAAGAAGAAAGUCUUCCUACCACUGGUUCAAGCAAAAGGAUAGUGGAAGCAUCGGCUUGGCGAUUCUCGAGGUCACAUUCCACCGGACAUUUCAUGGUUAAGACGACAGAUGUCAAUGUGAAGAUGAAAAGAAGGCAUUACCAAACAGGAAGCUGUGUCUCAUUCGACGAACUUACUCGGUAUAAUGAAGCAGAAUGGCUUGGUGAUUCAUCAUCAUACAUUAGCAGGAUUGAAGUCUAGUUUACUGAUAAAUUCU